AUGCCACCUGCAUAUCCUUAUCUAUCUAUCUAUCUAUCUAUCUAUCUAUCUAUCUAUCUAUCAUAUGACCAUCUUCGUCUGUUUUCCCGACUUGUUAAUUUUAUUUCCGGCCCAAUCUUUCUUUUACAAUUCUUUUGCUUUUCUUUUUCAUUCUGGUCGGUUUUUCGUUUUCGUGUUUUUCUGUUGUUUCAUUUUCUCAUUUUGUACCGUUUUUCCUUUUUUUCCCUUUUCUUUUCUUUUUCUUUCUCAUUUUAUCCCCUUUUUCCUUCUUUUACUCUUCUUUUUUUCCUUCUCAGGCUGGUCCGUUUUUCGGUCUUGUACUCUUCUUUUUUUCCUUCUCAGGCUGGUCCGUUUUUCGUUCUUGUACUCUUCUUUUUUUUUUUCCUUCUCAGGCUGGUCCGUUUUUCGUUCUUGUACUCUUCUUUUUUUCCUUCUCAGGCUGGUCCGUUUUUCGUUCUUUUUUCUUUCUUUUUUUUUCCUUCUCAAGCUGGUCCGUUUUUUCGUUCUUGUACUCUUUUUUUUUUUUCUUUCUCAGGCUGGUCCGUUUUUCGUUCUUGUACUCUUCUUUUUUUCCUUCUCAGGCUGGUCCGUUUUUCGUUCUUUUACUCUUCUUUUUUUCCUUCUCAAGCUGGUCCGUUUUUCGUUCUUGUACUCUCCUUUUUUUUUUCUCAGGCUGGUCCGUUUUCGUUCUUGUACUCUUCUUUUUUUUUUCCUUCUCAGGCUGGUCCGUUUUUCGUUCUUGUACUCUUUUUUUUUUUUUCCCUCAGGCUGGUUCGUUUUACGUUCUUGUACUCUUCUUUUUUUUCCUUCUCAGGCUGGUCCGUUUUUCGUUCUUUUACUCUUCUUUUUUUCCUUCUCAAGCUGGUCCGUUUUUCGUUCUUGUACUCUUCUUUUUUUCCUUCUCAGGCUGGUCCGUUUUUCGUUCUUGUACUCUUCUUUUUUUCCUUCUCAGGCUGGUCCGUUUUUCGUUCUUUUACUCUUGUUUUUUUCCUUCUCAAGCUGGUCCGUUUUUCGUUCUUGUACUCUUCUUUUUUCCCUUCUCAGGCUGGUCCGUUUUUCGUUCUUGAACUCUUCUUUUUUUCCUUCUCAGGCUGGUCCGUUUUUCCUUCUUUUACUCGUCUUUUGUUUUUCGCUAUCAUUUUGUACCCUUUUUCGUUCUUUUAUUUUCCUUUUUCUUUCUCAUUUAUUCCCCUUUUUUUCUUCUUUCACACCCUCUUUUGUUUCCCUUUUUUCAUUCUGCUUCGUUUUUCGUUCUUUAACUCUUCCGCUGUUUUUCUUUCUGAUUUUGUUCAAUUUUUCCUUCUUUUUUUAUUUUUUUAUUCUGUCUUAGGCUACAAUCUGUUCCUUUCUCGUGUUGACUCUUUUUUUCUUUCUAUUAUCCCUUUCGCGCCCCUUUCUCAUUUUUUGCUCUUUUUCCUUUCUUUUAUUCUCCUUUUAUUUUCCUUUCUCAUUUUAGCUGUUAUGCCCAUUCUGUUACACCCCUUCCUUUUUUUUUCCUCAAUUUUGCUCUUUUACUCUCGUUUUUGUUCUUUGUAUUCAGUUCUUGACCAUGUUUCCUUCCCAGGCGCCCGGGGGAGGAUUGUGAUUUUAAUUUUGGAUGUAUUUGCUAAAUUAUGUUUCUUCUUCUUCUUCUUCUUCUCCUCCUCCUUCUUCUUCUUCUUCUUCUUCUUCUUCUUCUUCUUCUUCUUCUUCUUCUUCUUCUCCUCCUCCUCCUUCUUCUUCUUCUUCUUCUCCUCCUCCUCCUCCUUCUCUGCCUUUGCUGCAACAAAAAUAAUAUGCUCUAUCGAAAGUGCCGCUCCCCCAGGGGGUGCCGCCCAUGACCACCGUCCCUAUCGACCCCCAUCUUUGCAUGCCAAUGUUUCCAGCUAG